AUGCUAGACACCAUUAAUUUUCAUGUCCUUGUCUCCAGCGCGACGGAACGCAUUGCCGCAUGCGUGCAACAAUGUUUGGGAAAAAAUACAAGCCAACUGAAAUUGCUCCUACACUCUCCAGAUAUAACAGAAGAAAUCAGAAGCGUAGAUGGCCGGCUGAAACAGUUGAAUGUUUUAUUGGAGCGAAGAUGUGAAGUUGGUAAUAAGUACGUGGAAUUACUACAAGACCAAAUUACGGAGAAACAAUUACAACUCCUUGAAACCCGGAAGGCAAUGGAAGCAAGUUGUCGCAAACUGCAAGAAAUUGAACAAAACUUUAACGACGAACGUGUGGAGUGGACAAAGAAAUUAAACGAAGCGGUGAAAAACUCAGAGGUGGGGUGA